AUUUGAUUUUGUCGUGCGAUUCGAAACGGUCUGGAAACGGCGUCCACGGGAGUAUUCGGAAGUGUUUUGCGCGAAUUCUAAUCGAAAUGCAUCGAAUUCGAUGCGUUCGUAGCGAAAGCCCAUAAAAGACAGUGCAUAAAAAACCCCCAGCAUGGAGCUGUUCAAUUGGUUCGAUCUGAUAUCCGUGGCUCUGACAUUUGUCGCGAUUCUGUUGGUGCAAGUGUUGAAUGUCUAUUUGCACAUACUGGACGAUAAUAAUGCUGGUGCCAAGUCAAUCGAUGUCGUUGACAAAGCCCGGGCCAAGGAAUGUCUGACAGAAGAGGCGCCGCUCAGUUCACCCAUUAAUUCCACACCGACACCGACCACCACAACACUCAACAGAAAUGGCAAGCUGGAGAAGCAAACGAGUUUGCUGGAUAGUGAUAGUGGCAUCUCAUUGAGCUCCAUCUACACCUCAGCAACGACAGGGACCACGACAGCCGCCAACUCAUCUCCAACAUACCGAACACACAAUGGUUUCCUCUCACACACGCUCAGUUUCGAGACUCUGGGCGAUGAGUACCACGAGGAUGAGGACACACUGUCGCUGGAGAAUCUGUUUCCAUGCGACCAGACCGAAAUCUAUGCCUCACGCAAGAUCAGCUUCAUCAUCGACGAGCUCAUCCAGACGGAAGUCAACUAUGUGAACAACCUGAAGAAGGGUCUGGCCAACUAUGGCCGUCUGGACACAGUCGAGGACCUGCCCGAAGGCCUGCGCGGUGAGCAGCGCCAGCAGCUGCUCCUGGGCAAUGUCUCCGAGAUUCUUGAGCUGCACGAGAGCGAAAUUCUGCCGCUGAUGUUGCGCAAUCAGCGCGACCUGAAGGGUCUCUUUGAUGAGUUUGCCGCGCACUUUGAGAAAAAUAACUUUUACUGCUACGUGGGCUUCACCAUGGGCAAGAAAUCUUCCAUGCAGCUGCGUCAAGAUCAUCGCGAAUGGCUGCAGGCCUAUCAAACUACGAUAAAAGACAAGCUGGGCAUCGAUAGCUUCCUUGUGCAGCCCAUACAAAGACUGACCAGAUAUCCAUUGCUGCUGCAGCAAUUCAUAUCGGAAUUCUACAAGAGUGGAAUCAGCUGCAAGCCGGUGCUAACAGCCGUUUGCAAACUGGAGACGCGCAUGCGACGUGCUCUGGAUGUGGUCAAUCAGGCCGAGGAGAUACCCAACAUAGAUGAGCUGAAUGAGCUGGACCUCCUGCAGCUGGGCAACUUUCGGCGUGCCACAGAGUUCGAUGCCCAGCACUUUCCCACGCGCAAGAAAUACCGGGCCAAGAUCUUCCUCUUCGACCGGUGCCUGGUGUGCACCGAGGUGCGCAAGAAGCGACUCGCCUACCGCCAGCACUACCACUGGGAGCACGUGGAGCUGCAGCGUCCGCUGGAACUGAGCGCGUCCAAUGCCAACAAGAUCAUCAAUCUGCUGGUCAAGCAGCAGGACAAGGACAAGCCGGGCAGCGGCUCCAAGCGUGAGGAGUACUCCUUUGUGGCAGCCGAGGCGUCUGUGGUGAAGCAGUGGCUGCACGCCACUCACAAGAUCAUCGAAAUUGCCCGCAACGAGCACGCGCAACGGAACACCUUCAGCCUGCCCAUGGAUCUGGUGCUGGGAGUGGGUCUGGCCAUCUGGCUCAUCUGGCAGUACUUGUAGAGAAGAGAGAGAGAGAGAGAGAUCAUCCUCAAUCCUAUUCACCCCUUCCCACCAUCCACUCACAAUUCUAGAUCAUAGAUUUACGAUAUAGGAAUAAAACUAAGUUAUUUCGUACUCCUC